CCUGUAAGUAGGGAGGCGUAUGUCCGUUGAUGGAUUUGUAUCUGAGAAAAAGAACUCUGUAGUCAAGCCUGAAGGAGACAGGGAGCCAGUGUAGUGAAAACAGAAUUGGUGUCACGUGCUGGUGUUUUCGGACACUCAUCAGGAUCCUGGCAGCGCUGUUCUGAACGUACAAGAGCUCCUGGAUGCUCCUGCCACAGAUCCCUGUGAAUCCCUGCGCAUUGCAGUAGUCCUGACAAGAUAAGUGGCACGGACGGGUUUCUCUAUAAGGGUCUAAGUUUAGAGAUGUUUUUGACAUGGUAGACAGAGCUUCUGCAUAGAUGUCUUAUCAACAAUCUCAAUAGUUGCUCUGACACGUACUUGUGAGCAAGAAAAGUGACGAAUCAGAGGGGGAGUGAACUUAAAAGUCAGCAGGGCGUGUGUGAGUCGCCUCCUGGAGCGAAAUCUGGACGCACUCACUCUCGCCUCAAUAAUUUACUCUUAGUGGACACAGACCGAUGAGACAACACAGCCACAUUAUCACAGAUGAAAUGCAAAAAUGUGAUCUUGGACUGGUGCUCCACUGGGUAGGAGAGAAACCGCUGCGCAGAUGAAAGACUUCAUGACGGCGCUCCCGGUGAUCCUUGUUCAGCUCACGUGCCCCGGAGACCAGCGACCGAAAGGCGCCCAGUUCCAGCUGACCUGUAACCUGUGCCGAGAGAGCCACAAAACUCAGGUGUGGCUUUGUUUCUUACUUCUGAGCUUUUUGAGUAUGUCUACGUGUUCUGCUCAGGGGCCGCAUUUACGUGAUCUAAAGCAUUGCGUGGAGGAAGUGAAACAAACCAUUGAGAAAUCUGAUGCUAUGCUGUACGCUCCAUCAACUGAUGACAUUAAGGAGAACUGUAGAAACAUGGCGCUCAAGUGUUACAUGUUGGAGUUGAUAAUGGUCCUGAAUGAGGAAAAAAUUACGAUUGAUGCAGCGUAUCACAUCUUAAAUUUCAAUGAAUACAUUAAAACAAUGCCUGGAGCUGACCAGGUCGGCUGUCCACCUUGUGAAGCAUACUCACUUAAAAAUAUCACAGUAUUUCUGGCCAGACUAAAUCACCUUUUGGAAGAGAGGAUCGCAUCGCAGAUGGCUAAUUAAGUAUAACAUGAUGUAAAUAUUGUAAACUACAAAUAUAUUUUUGUAAAUAACUGUGCCUUUGUUUUUAUUUUAUAAAUAUUGUAUUGUAACUAUGCCAGUCUGUGAUAAGUCAUGCUGUCCCUAAAGGCCAUAUAAAAUGUUUAUUAUGUGUGAAUUUUAUAAUAUAGUAUUACACUAUAUUUAGGAUGCAAUAUAACAAUUUAAAGUUUAGAGAUUUUGUGUAAGUCAUAAAAGUAACCUCAGGCCAUUGUUUGUUUUUAAUUGGGUAAAUUGGGAAGCUGUACAGUUUUGAGAGACGUAUCAGGAAGUAGCAAAGCAACAUGUCAUGUAUAUGCAGAAUGUAGCAUAUCAUUAAGCUUACCUAAUGAACUCCAGUAUCUUCAAAGUUAUUGCUCACUCCAGUAAAUAUUCCGACCAUAUAGUCUUUCAUUUGAUCUCUUAUUUUUCUAUUUUUAUCUUGCCACAUGUGUUUGUUAAAGGAUGAGGACGGUGAUUUUCUGAAGUUUUCUUAUGGUCAACAAUUCUCACAUGCAUUGAUCCUACUUACAAGUAUUGCGUGUACAGUAUACCCAAAGCCUGAUCUACAGUAUCUUAUUCUUUUGUGCUGUAGACCUCUGUUUUUGUUCAAAACACUAUUAAAAACACAUCAGCGA